AUGGAGGAUGAAGAUGGGACUUGUCUACUUGAUGUUUUGUGUGACCCCCAAGCCCUGAACGACUUCCUUCAUGGGACCAAUGAGCUGCAGACUGAAGACCUGCUCAUUAACUCCUCCUCUGGGGAGCCCUCCCUCUUCACAGAUGCCCCGAGCCCCGUCUCUCUGCUGGGAGAUGGAAGGGAUUCCUCUGACACGCCUCCACCGGGGUGUGUGGAUUUGUCCUUCCUGGAGGAGGCCCUCCUGUCAUCGCCGGAGGGCGGAGAAGACCCACAGGUGGUGCAGGGUGGGCCUCCUGUUGAGCCUGGAUGUGAAGCAAAGAAGGGCGAAAUGGAGGAAGCGGAGGAGGCGGAGGUGGCAUGUGAUAUCCUCCAGCAGAGCUUGCAGGAGGCUGACAUCACUGAGCAGACCAUGGCUCUGGAGGCAGGGUUGCCCCAACCAGGGGACAGUCUGUCCCUUUACUCUCCGGCCCCUCUCCUCUCUCCACCAACUGUACCAUUUCUACACAAGUCUGUGACCUUGCCUGUCACCCCAGCGCUGCCCAGAGACACCCAGGCAGCAGUGGAGCCCCCCCAGCCCUCCCUCCUGGCUGUUGGGCCUGGCUGCCCUUCUUUAAAACCUGCUGCCCCUCCUCAGCUGAUGGGGCUCCUGCCUGGAAAUGUUUUCCCUGGUCCUUCUCCAGAGACCUCCUUCUCUUUGAGUCCUGUUCAGGGCUCCAGUAUGAUCAUCCAUAAGGCCAUGCCAAGUGUGACCAGCCGUCCUCUUUUCACCCCAACCCUGAGAGCAGCAGCACCAGGCAUUGUUCUACAACGCGCCCCUCUUCCCAUUCAACCCAAGCUGCCCAUCAGCAUUCAGCCCAGACUGGUUCAAAUUAGUCCCAAACCGUCUGGGCAAAAACCCACUCCUGGUCUCACGUUUGUACCUGGGACCGCCUCACCAAAUAUUUUACUGUCUCAACCUCCUGGCCAGAAGCCUGCAGCUCCAACACCGCAGCCCACCCAGCAGCUCCCAAAACCGGUCAGUUUGCAGCUGGUGAACCAGGGUGGCUCCUUUGUGCUCCAGCCUCAGGGACUCUUCCAAGGCCAAAACCAGUUCCUUCUUCCGGGGCAGUGUCCUGUUACGAUAUCCCAGCCUGCCAGUGGAGCUCGACCUCUGCUGACUACCAGUCACCAUGGCCCGUCGGUCCACAGUGUGACUUCCUCCAGCGGGCAGCUUGUAGACGGCUCUCAGAUCCUAACUGUACCCCAAAGACAGCUGAACUUCAGUCCUGUCUUCACCACCCCAACAGGGCAGCUAGCUCUCCGCCAGGCCACUGUGCUUUCAGGACCUUUGCAGCUACAGUCAGCGCCCCCUACUGUCUUCCAGAUGCCGGCACAGCUGGCUGGAACCUACACUCCAGGAGGACAGGGGCAGCGUGCCACCCUGGUCCACAGUCCCGCUCUGGGAAACCACAUUACUUUGAUCAACAGCUCUGGGGUGCUUCCUCCAGAUCUCACUUCCAUCUCGAUCGUUAAUGGUCCCUCAGUGGUUCAGGGGUUGCCUUUUGCUGCCCAGGCCCAGGCUCCUCAGGCAGCAGUGACAGAAGGACAGCUGAGCCUCCAGCAGGCCUCAGUGGUGCUGCUGCCAGAGAGAGCUGUCCCCGAAGAGAGGAGCAGCUCAGAGGAGACUUUCCACCAACUACCACAGCCCUACGGACAUGUUCUCCAGCACGUCUCGGUGCAGCCGACCGCUGCAGGGCUGCAGUCCUCGUCUCCUCCUGUAGUUACAGUCCUACAGCCCCCUCCUGAACCACCUCUGGCCCCCGAUCCGGCUGUGGAGAUGCCUAAACUUUUGAUGCCCCCAGCCGACAUGACCCAAGUAGUGGAAGAGGUGACCCACUCGAUGAGUCAGAACCAGGCCUUUAUGCAACAUCUGCAACAGCAAGCACUUAGUUCUCCUAUCGCAUCCGAGCUGUUGGUUGGAGCGUUGCCAGUGGUGCCGAUGGAGUCCCUCGCCUCCCCGGUGGCCAGUGAGAGAGAGACCCAGCAGCAGACGCAUGCAGUCACCGUUCAGGACGCCUGCACUGUGAUGUCUGAUCAGUGCGUUGAGGCUUCUCCGCUUCCCUCAGACCCGGACACGGACACACCGCUGCUCUGCUCCUCUCCUCCGAUUCAGGACACGGGGAGAGCAGCUUCAGCAACGUUCUCCCCUCCAGCUGGGCCUCAGAUCACGCUGCCGGGACCUUCAGAGAGUUCAGUCCCCCAGACCUCUGCUCCCCAGCCCUGCACCGAGCCACAAGUCCAGUACCAGGUUCCUCAUCAACUCCAGGUCUCACAGGCCUUAUUUACCCAGAAUCAAGUACAGAUCCAGCCGUCUGUUUCCCAGCCUUUGCCCCAGGCCCAGCUGCCUGUUUCGCAGCCUCAGUCCUUGGUCCAUACUUCAGUUCACUCCCCUCUGCAUGUCAGCAUCUCGGUGCCUCAGCAGCAGCCUGAUCCCACGGCUGCGUCUACGAGUCUCUCCAUAGGAGGAGACGACUCCACUGUCCAACAGCACACACAAAUCAAGCCAACAGCUGCCUUGGCCGUGGAGAGUAAUACAUAUACUCUCGAUGUCCGUCCACCCUCUCCUGCAGUACAGAGCGUCCAGGCUCACGGGCCCCCGGCUCCCAGGGAGUGCGCCCCCAUCCCGACCAGCCAGCAGACAGGCACCAAGCUGGCAGGUCUGGAGCAGCGGAGAGAGGAGAGGCUCACACCAGCACUGCGCAGGCACAGGUUCCAGCAGCAGCUUUGUUUGGACCACCGAGCGGUCCAGAACCCGUUCACCGGUCCGGCCUUCUCCACCCUGAAGGACACUGUGAGACGUCUGCUGCCGUACCACACCUGCGCCGGUCACCUGCCCACUCAGGAUGACUUCAAUUUAGUGGACCAGGAGUUCGACAGUGUGUCCGGUUUCCUGCUGAAACGCACCAAGGACAUGGUCAACAAAUACAGGCAGCUACUGGUUAGAGAAGCGCAGCAGGAGAGUCCGUCAGCAGAGAUGGUGAUGCUGGAGCGUCUCUUCCUCCAGGCAGAACGAUACGCUUUAGCGGAGGACAGACGGAGAGCCCGCAGAGACCCAGAGUCUUUUAUGAUGGCUUUGGCUACAUCAGCGUCUUCCCCCGAUGGUGCGCCCUCCUCCGGACCCUCCAGCAGCCCCUCCUCUCCACCAGCCUGGACCAGACUCUCCGACCGGCCUCCAGGACUCAAGACGUACCGCUCCAGCUCCCGCGGGGCUCUCAGGCUCACCAUCAAGCAGGAGUCCGGCUCCCGUAAGGUGGUUCACAACUCGGCCUGCGACCCGGGGUUGAAGAGGGACCACAAAGGGCAGCUGACCAACGGCGGCGGAGCUGUGAACGAACGCCACUCUCAGGCACCCAACGGAGCACCACAGCAUCCUCAGCACAGCGAGGAGACCUCCAACGGACCCGCGCCCGGUAAAGCCGCCGAGGACGUCCGACAGACAGCACCCGUUCCCAAAAUUAAAGCCCCAAAUCCUCUUUCUAUGCCAGAGCCGCAGGCCGACUGCUUUGAGUUGCCUCCCAGAGAUGUCAGCGCCCCAAAACUGAAAUGCUACAGGCUGGAUGCGUCGCCUCGGCUGGAGCAGCGUUUCAGCCCGCCGCCUCCCCCCCUCCAAGAGGACAACAUGCUCAGUGAACAUCUACAGAGUGCCAUCGACAGCAUCCUGGAGCUUCAGCGCCUGCAGGGCCCCUCUGUAGCCCCGACCAGGGCCACGUCAGGCCCUUCACUGGACCAGGCUGUCACCAGCAUCUUGGAGGGACACCUGUGA